GUCCUGUCUUGUGUGGCUUUUGGACAUGAGUCUGGUAACUGCAUACUGUAUACUGAAUUGAAUUAACAAAGAACAAGCUAGAAAACCGGAUCUCCACAGUCUUAAGACGCACAAGGGCUAUUUGUUAAGCUUAUUGAGUUUAGUAAGAGACACCCACUACUGAACAGUCACAUUUGCAUUUCCUCUUCCGAGCUCAUGAGAACUCAUUUGUGGUCAUGACUGAGUCUCUCGCAGUGCAGAGGCAGAAAGAGACAGAGUAGACAGGCAGGCAGCUGAAGCUACAGAGAGGGAUCUCAAAAGGAAGACUUGUUAGGAACUAGAAGCUAAAAAAAAAGAAAAAGAAAAAGGGAGACAGAGAGAGACUAGCAAAUAACAAAGAAAAGUUUGAUAUGGCUAGGUUGGAUGUUAUAGAGAGGUUUCAUGGUAUUUCCUUUCCUGGACACCUACACACGCAGGAUUCCUUACAAUCUGCUCUUAAUUUUCCAUUUCAGGACACGGAUAUUGUCAUUGUUUCCUAUCCCAAAUCAGGCACCACAUGGAUGCAACAAAUUUUGACACUCAUAUCGAGCAGAGGGGACCCACACUUGUCCCAAACUGUCCCAAACUGGACUCGGGCUCCCUGGCUGGAGCAUUAUUACUUUGCUAUGUUGCUGGAGGCUUCGCCUUUAACACCGAGAGUCAUCACCACACACAUGCCUCAUCAUCUGCUGGGCCCCGCCCUGCAGCGCUCCAAAGCAAAGGUCAUCUAUGUGAGCAGGAACCCUAAAGAUGUGGUGGUGUCCUUUUAUCACUUCCACAAAAUGGCCAACUUCUUCCCUGAGGCUGGCUCGUUUCAAGAGUUUUUAAACAGUUUCCUGGAGGGCACAAUGCAGUACGGCUCCUGGUUUGACCACAUUAAAGGCUGGACCAGUCAGACAGGAAUUAUGAACAAUCUGCUUCACGUCACCUAUGAACAGAUGACGAUGGACCUGCCUGGCACCAUAAAGAAGCUGAGCUCUUACCUGCAGAGUCCCCUGCUGGACCACGAGGUCGACAACUGUGUGAAGCAAUGCAGCUUCAGCAGCAUGAAAGACAACAACAUGUCCAACUACACGCUGAUCACAGAGGACAUACUGGACCACAGCAAGGGCUCCUUCCUGAGAAAAGGUAAGGUUGGAGACUGGAAAAACAUGUUCACCGAGGAGCUGAAUCAAUAUUUCGACGGCGUCUUCAAGUCCAAGAUGGAGGACUGCAAUCUAGAGUUUGUGUGGGAGGAGAAACAUAAAGUGGAGACACAAGCUGAUGAAUAAACCCCACUGAAGAAUACAGGACUGAAAAAAAAGCUGAAUUAAAUUAGAAAUCGUGUAGCGUCCUGUGAGUUGGAUCACAAGUGGACUGUUUUCUCAAAGAUGUAGUUUAAAUUAUUAAAGGCAGAUUUCAAUCAAUGGUGCUUCUCGGGGGAUGAACUUGUCAGGAAUGUGAAAGAGGUGAAACAUUUCCAUCAUUCCUCUCUUCCUGCUGUGCCAGCAGUGAUGCUUACAGGCAACAUUUUGUUGUAUUGAGAUGUGGAUAUAUUUGGUGUAAAUUAAUUUAAUCAAACUUUAUUGAUCACUUGAGAUUGUUUCAACAAAAGAUGAUGUAGCCUUAUCAUUAAAG